GGUCUGGUCUUUUGAAUUUACCAUGCAAUCAUGCUGCCGUCCGCCAGCUGACUAAUCAUCUUUCUCAUCUCUCUCUCGCUCGCGCAGAAAAACCUAGAUCCGAACAGUGUUAGGAGGAAAACUGAAGGCCCGGCGAUCAUGAAGACCAAGAAGCCGCUAAACAAGCUCAAGGUCGUCGUAUCCUCUCAAGAGAAGCCGGUAACUGAUUUCUUGACGGCAAGUGGGACUUUUCAGGACGGGGAUUUGCUACUCAAUAAGAAAGGGUUGCGUUUAAUCUCUGAAGAGAGUAGUAGCGAGCCACCAGAUGUUAAAGAUUUGGAUAUGCAAUUCAAUAUGGAAGACUUUGAGACGAUUAAAGUUAUUGGAAAAGGAAGUGGUGGUGUUGUUCAACUUGUCCGGCACAAAUUUAUGGGGAACUUGUUCGCCUUGAAGUGUAUCCAGAUGAAUAUUCAAGAGACCGUUCGCAAGCAGAUUGUCCAAGAGAUUAAAAUAAAUCAAGCCUCAGUGUGCCCUCAUGUGGUUGUGUGCUACCAUUCAUUCUACCAUAAUGGAAUUAUAUCUCUGGUCCUUGAAUACAUGGAUCGGGGCUCUCUUGCAGAUAUAAUCAGACAAGUCAAAACAAUUCUUGAGCCUCACCUUUCAGUUCUAUGCCAUCAGGUUUUAAAAGGUCUUGUAUAUCUUCACAAUGAAAGACACAUAAUUCAUAGGGAUAUAAAGCCGUCAAACUUGUUAGUGAAUCACAAAGGUGAAGUAAAGAUAACUGACUUUGGAGUGAGUGCCGUGCUUGCUAGUUCCAUGGGUCAGAGGGAUACAUUCGUAGGCACGUACAACUAUAUGGCGCCUGAACGAAUUAGUGGAGGCUCAUAUGAUUAUAAAAGUGAUAUCUGGAGUUUGGGUUUAGUUAUUCUUGAGUGUGCUACGGGUUCCUUUCCAUACAAGCGAACUGAGAACGAGGAUGGGCUGUUGAGCUUUUAUGAACUUCUAGAGACCAUUGUAGAAGAGCCACCACCUGGUGUGCCGGAAGAUCAGUUCUCUCCAGAGUUCUGUUCAUUCAUAUCAUCUUGCAUACAAAAAGAUCCUCAGCAGAGAAUGUCCUCUUUGGAACUUCUGAGUCAUCCCUUCAUUAAGAAAUUUGAGGACGCAGACAUCGAUCUGGGAGUACUCUUAGGUUCCUUGGACCCUCCUGUUAAAUUAGCCGGUUCUUGCCUGUCCCGAUAGCCAGCUACCACAUGGCUUGGUUGUUAGUCGUGCCCCCGCUCAUUGUAUGUUGUCUCUUAACUUUAUUAGCAGUUGCCCGCCAACCAUCU